AUGGCGGAAAAAGACGAAGGGAAAAAGACGGAGAAAAGAACAAACAGAGGAAUAACUUGGCCCGAUACUUCAACAAUUGCAUUGCUGAAUAUUUGGCAGGAAGAAGAGAUUCGAAUAUCUUUGGAAACCUGCAAAUCGUCAAAAGAAAUGAGAGCUACUUAUCGAACAAUCACGGUAAGUUUUUGGAGUUUAAUACAUUGAAAAAAGUUGUGUAAAAACAAAAUAUUUUAUAUUCUACAUUGCAGUUGGAAUUGCACAAAAAAGGUUUCACUGACUACACACUCAAAAACGUCGUUAAUAAGAUGAAAAAGCUGAGGCAACGCUUCAAAAAAGAAGUCGACAGUGCAAAGAAAAGUGGAAAAGGCCGAGCAAAACCUUGGAAAUUCUUCCAAACGUUGAACGAAAUUAUCGGUCACAGACCAAAUGUUCGUCCUGCAUUUUGUGUCGACACAUCGGCAGGCGAAAAGGCCGAAGAUAAUUCAGAUAUAGAUCAUGGAGAGGAACAAGAAACAGGUAGCAAUAAAAUUUGGCUUCAAUAAUUAUUAAACAUUUGUUUUGUCCACUAACAUUUGGCUUUGAGGUUUUGUGUGAUAAAAAUAUUACAGUAUAUUUCUAUGUAACACUUUUUGUAAUAAUAAAUUUACGUGGUGUUUCCACACACAAAAAAAUUAUAUAUUUUAUCUCCAUGCAAUCAUACAAAGAACUUAGUAUAUUUCUGGUUGAAUUUUCCAAUUUUUGCUCCAUCACACUGUUUAAAAGUAUUUUAAUUACCUUGACCCACGACCAUGUUUUGAAUUAAAUGCAAACUUACCAAAUUUUGAUAAUUUUGUGACUUUGUUGGGUGGCUUACUUGUUUAUAAAAAAAGGUCAAAUGAUGGGGUAUUGGACAGGCAAAUGGGGGUGGGGUGGGGUGGGGGGGGUGGUCAUGUUUCCUUGGGGUGGGUUUUCUAAUGACAAAUUUAUGAAUAAGAACUGAAGGUAUUUAAAUAUGCACCUAUUAAUGUUAAUCACAGCAAUGCAAGUCCCCCUGAAAUUAUUUGCUAUUAAAUUAAUGACAUUAGUGACAUGUUGUAUUUGACUAUAACUGGUGUGCAAGGUGGAAAAAUUCACAGGAGACCUCAAAAAUAUGUCAGCAGGGAAUUCCAACCUCUCACCCUGGAGGUUAACUUUGAUAGAAAGAUAUAUAGAAAGAUAUUUCAACUUACACUUUACAGAAGACAAUUAAGUGUCUUUCAUGAAUGUCUCCCCCACACUAGAAAAUUCUUCAGCAGUUGAAUGCAAAAUAUGCUAUACUUUGUUUAAGCCAAUAAAAAAAACACUUAGAUAUUUAUAUAUAAAUAGUUAUAGAAUCUCUGAAGAGAAAAUAUCGGGAAGGAAGGAUGCUCGACAACGUUUGUCAGAAAUGCGGGUAUGAGGCAGAUGUGGAAUUAUUUUCAGCUGGUGUACAUGAAUCUGAAAGUGGAUGCAUUAGGGCAUAUACAGAUGAUGACACAUUUGUAUGUCCCAGAUGCCCUGUUGCCAACAACUCAGACCAAGGUGCUCAUUACAAAUUCUGAUAGCAAAAAAUAAUGCCAGCAAUUCACACAUUUCAAUAUUUUAAGCAUUGUUAUUUUCAAGUACAUGCAAAAUCAGUGAAAUGUUUAAAUUAUAUAAAUUGAUGUAAGUAUCCUAAAAGUGUUAUUUAUUUAUAGAAGACGAUGAUAAUGAAUUUGAAAAGUCAAUCCUUGAUGCUCAAGAAUCUAAACCUGUUGGUAAGAACAACAAAUUUAUUGAAGUACAGAGGGUAUGCUAAUAGACUAAUUCAUAACAAAAGCUGAACAGAUGUUCUCCAACCAAAAAAGUCCUGGUCAUAGAAUCGCUAUUCAAAUUUAAUUUAAAAAAUUAAUGCUAUGAUAUAAUGCAGUAAUUAUGUUUUUAGAACCAGAUGAUCCUCAGGAGGGGGGAAGCCAAUUGUCGAAACAUACUGGUAAAUUCUACUUUAUACUCUACUUUAUGUCAUAUAAAAACAAUUUCAAAUUUUAAAUCUUUCUGUCAUAUACAGUAUACAGUAUGUACACACAAUAAAAUAUUUUCAUUAUGGCAUUGUCUGUAGAUUCUUCUGGCAAAAUGAAAAAAAAGCCUGUGAAGCAUAAGAAGAGCAACUUCGAGAAAGGCAUUGAAAUAGUAUGCCAAAAAUUUGACAGUGCGUCACAAAAGGAAAUGGAGUGGUAACUAUUUUGGAUAAUUAUGCCUAGUUUUCUUAUUUAAAAAACCUGAGACUCAUAAUGGCUCUUUUAUGUUCUUCAUUUCAUUAGGGCAAGAAAUUAAGCUCAAUUAAUGUCAUUAAUUAGCCAUGGGAUUAUAAGAUGUGCCCUUAUCACUUAAUUGGUGAAUACUACCUCAUUUAACACACCAAGUGCAGCAGCCAGAAGAGGAAUGAGACUCUUCCCAUAAUGCAUUGCACUUACAAUACUGUUCCAAGCUCCCAAGUUAUAAAUACAGCCAUGUCAUUUUAUUAGCUGUGAUACAGAAAAGGCUACCAAUAAACAAGCCAGAGAAAGAAAUUGAUAAUAUAUAAUCUGGAUAUUUUGGAAUAUUCAGCUCACCCCUAUGCAAUAAUUGUUAAAUGUAAUAAAGAAUACUAUUAUGCAAAAUGCUUGGUAUUAUUUCAGGUUUAUGAAAAUGGAUGAAGCAAGGCAUAAGAGGGAACUUGAAUUCCGCCUCAAACAGACCCAGCUGGAGAAUGAGAGAAUGCAGCAAGCAAUGGAGCAUGAAAUGAAAAUGUUUAAGAUGUUGAUGGAAAAUAAACCUACGACUAGUAAUAAUCAUGGCACAGGCAGUGUCCACGGAAUGGUACCAUUGAGUAUGGCAACCUCAAGCCCCAUCACCCAGUUUCCCCAUGUGCAGCAAAUGCCAUGGGAUCAGACUACUUCUCUGUAUUCCUCAACAAAUAUCUCCAACAGCUUUAGUGCUGAUAAUAAUUCAGUGUACACACCUCUUUAA